GCUGCGGAGGGCGGAGGGCGGUGGCAGCACUGGCGCUGGGGACCGGCUCGGCGGCUUCGGGAAACAGUUCGGCGACGGCGGCCGCUCGCUUUACUCCGCAUCCCGCCCUCGGCAGGGCUCGCAGCCCCCUCGCCGCCCGCGUCCGGCGAUGUGUCCCACCGGCCGGGCGUAGUCGCUGCGCGUGCGCGGAACCGCGGGGCCAUGAGCGAAGCCGGAGGCGGCCGCGGCUGUGGGUCCCCGGUCCCCCAGCGAGCGCCAUGGAGCCUGGUGGCGACGACGGCCGCGCUCUGCCUGGUGACGGCCACGUCCAUGUGGACGGCGGGGGCCGCGCCCAUGAGUAGGGAGGAGAAACAGAAGCUUGGGAAUCAAGUACUGGAAAUGUUUGAUCAUGCUUAUGGUAACUAUAUGGAACAUGCUUACCCAGCUGAUGAACUCAUGCCUUUAACCUGCAGAGGUCGUGUUAGAGGCCAGGAGCCAAGUCGGGGUGAUGUUGACGAUGCCUUGGGAAAAUUUUCCCUGACACUGAUUGAUUCUUUGGACACUCUUGUGGUAUUAAAUAAAACUAAAGAAUUUGAAGAUGCAGUGAGAAAAGUUUUAAGAGAUGUUAAUUUAGAUAAUGAUGUAGUUGUAUCAGUCUUUGAAACAAACAUCAGAGUUCUUGGGGGUCUCUUGGGUGGACACUCACUGGCAAUCAUGCUGAAAGAGAAGGGCGAGUACAUGCAGUGGUACAACGACGAACUUCUGCAAAUGGCAAAGCAAUUGGGUUACAAACUUUUACCAGCUUUCAAUACUACUAGUGGCCUUCCUUAUCCAAGAAUUAAUUUAAAGUUUGGUAUCAGGAAACCAGAAGCUCGGACAGGGACUGAGACUGAUACCUGUACAGCGUGUGCAGGUACCUUGAUCCUUGAGUUUGCUGCUUUAAGUCGAUUCACAGGAGCAACAAUAUUUGAGGAAUAUGCAAGAAAAGCUCUUGAUUUCCUCUGGGAAAAAAGACAGCGAAGUAGUAAUUUAGUGGGCGUGACUAUAAAUAUUCAUACUGGAGAUUGGGUGCGAAAAGAUAGUGGAGUUGGAGCAGGCAUUGAUUCCUAUUAUGAAUAUCUGUUGAAAGCCUAUGUCUUGCUUGGAGAUGACAGUUUUCUGGAAAGAUUUAAUACACACUACGAUGCCAUAAUGCGGUACAUCAGCCAGCCCCCUCUUCUCCUCGACGUGCAUAUCCACAAGCCAAUGCUGAAUGCUCGGACUUGGAUGGAUGCUUUGCUUGCCUUUUUUCCAGGUCUGCAGGUCUUAAAGGGGGAUAUUAGACCUGCUAUUGAAACUCAUGAAAUGUUAUAUCAAGUGAUUAAAAAACACAAUUUUCUACCAGAGGCAUUUACCACAGAUUUCAGGGUACAUUGGGCUCAACAUCCUUUAAGACCAGAAUUUGCAGAAAGUACCUACUUCUUGUAUAAAGCUACAGGAGACCCUUACUACCUUGAAGUAGGGAAAACACUUAUUGAGAAUUUGAAUAAAUACGCUAGAGUGCCUUGUGGGUUUGCUGCCAUGAAGGAUGUUCGUACUGGAAGUCAUGAGGACAGAAUGGAUUCUUUCUUCUUGGCUGAAAUGUUUAAAUAUCUUUACCUGUUAUUUGCGGAUAAAGAAGACAUUAUUUUUGACAUAGAAGAUUAUAUAUUUACAACAGAAGCUCAUCUGUUACCUCUUUGGCUCUCCACUACAAAUCAAAGCAUCUCUAAGAAGAACACAACUUCAGAAUAUAUAGAACUGGAUGACAGUAAUUUUGAUUGGACUUGUCCAAAUACUCAGAUUCUCUUCCCUAAUGAUCCAUUGUAUGCUCAGAGCAUUCGUGAACCCUUGAAAAAUGUGGUGGAUAAGAGCUGUCCUAGAGGCAUCAUCAGAGUAGAGGAGAGUUUCAGGAGUGGAGCUAAACCCCCUCUGAGAGCCAGAGAUUUCAUGGCCACUAACCCUGAACAUUUAGAAAUCUUGAAGAAGAUGGGGGUGAGUUUGAUUCACCUCAAAGAUGGGAGAGUCCAGUUGGUUCAACAUGCAAUCCAAGCUGCUAGUUCGAUUGACGCUGAAGAUGGGUUGAGGUUCAUGCAGGAGAUGAUUGAGUUGUCAAGUCAGCAACAGAAAGAACAGCAGCUACCUCCACGAGCUGUACAGAUUGUUUCCCACCCAUUUUUUGGCAGGGUGGUGUUGACUGCUGGACCAGCUCAGUUUGGGCUAGAUCUUUCUAAACACAAAGAGACAAGAGGGUUUGUUGCAAGCAGUAAACCAUACAACGGCUGUUCAGAGCUUACUAACCCCGAGGCAGUGAUGGGGAAAAUUGCUUUGAUACAAAGAGGACAGUGCAUGUUUGCAGAAAAGGCGCGUAACAUCCAGAAUGCUGGAGCCAUUGGUGGCAUUGUUAUUGAUGACAAUGAGGGGAGCAGCAGUGAUACUGCGCCUCUGUUCCAGAUGGCAGGUGACGGAAAGGACACAGACGACAUCACGAUCCCCAUGCUGUUCUUGUUCAGUAAAGAAGGGAGCAUCCUGCUGGAUGCCAUCAGGGAAUACGAGGAGGUGGAAGUGCUCCUCUCUGACAAAGCAAGAGAUCGAGAUGCUGAAACGGAAAAUGAAGAACAGCCAUUCUCUGAAAAUGAUUCUCAGAAUCAGAGUGCGGAACAGAUGGCAGGUUCUCAGGAGGCGGAUUUGGUUGACCAGGAGUCUCCUGGGGAAAGUGCUCUAAACUCUCACCCAGAGUCAUCAUCUCCAGCAGCGACGGACAAUGCUGCAAGCGCUCCUCCUCCCGACCCGAGUUCCGCCCCCGCGGGAAACCACGCGCCCUCGAGCCUCGACGGUGAAUGUACAGAUUUAGAUAACCAACUUCAGGAACAAUCCGAAACUGAGGAAGAUUCCAGUCCCAACGUCAGCUGGGGUAAAAAGGUCCAGCCCAUAGACUUCAUAUUAGCAGACUGGAAUGAAGAUAUAGAAGCAUUUGACAUGAUGGAGAAGGGUGAACUAUGACUCACUGAAGAAUCCGGUGGUAGGUAUUUAAAGAGUAGGUAACCGUGGUCAGUGGACUCCCUCAUACUGAGCAGGCUCUCCAGUGGGAGGCUUUAGUCUGGUGAUGAGCAGCCGAGUUCUGACUGGGAUAGUUGGUUAUCAUAGGAGCCUGGAGCUUGCUGUGUUAGAAUUGACCUUGUUUCAAACUGUCCCAUGAGAAAUGGAAACUCACAGUCCCCUCAGAUGGCAGCGCACCACCCUGCAGCGCCUCGGGCCAGGAGAAGCUGCCUGGACAAGCCUAGGAACCAGGCUUCUGCAGGCCCUGGACAGAGGAAUAAAAUUCGGUUAGUAGUGGGCUGGGGAGGAGGAAUUUGUAUUGCUUCCUAAUUUCAGGGAGCUCGGCUCUCUAGGUUUGGGUUCGAGGCUCUUUGGGAAACAAGCGUACUGUGGGCAUUCUGGUCGUGCUGCCUUCACGAAACACUCAAAGUGACCUAAGUGGUUCUGAAGCAAAUGUGGCCGCGGUGGGAACAGUCUGGGCUCCUCACUCGCUUGCUUCAUUGUGUAACAAGAUACUCAAGGUGACUUGACUUUUCCCUCUUAACAAUGCCCUUUUCAGUUAAACCAAAGGUGAGGCAGUGUACUUUCUCAGUGAGUUCUGUGCAUAAAGACUAAUCAUUGGGGCCAGGUAAAAAGGUCAUAUAAUAUAUUGGGAAAUUUGUUACUUAAUAAUUUUGAAAAAUGGAGCAAGGAGGAAACCAUAAUGUUGCAAUACGAACUCGCCAUUGGGCCUUCCGUAGGGAAAGCUGUGACUACUCUGAAGUGGAACUUAAUGUUAGGUCCUUGUAGGGUCAGUGAUGACCUUUCCAGUUCAUUUCUGUUGGAGGUGAUGGCCUCUGCCUGCAGCCUUACUCCCUCCCGUGUUUAGUAUGCAGUUUGAGUCGCAAGGCCGUCACCGAAGCUUACUGACUCGUGUUCCAUUUCUGUAUCUUAGGAAGCCAUGGGCAGACUGUGGUAUUGAUCCAAAAAUCCUGGGGUAACUAUGGUUUCUAAAGUUGUACCUAAGGAGCCUGUCACAUUUUCUCUUGAAUCAUUGAAUCAUGGUUUUUAUGUCUGCUUUUUGUUUUUAAACAAAUAUUCCUUCUGAUAUGGACUUGAAAAUUAGUCUAUGGUAACCCGUGUAAAAACUUACACAGUAGCAACUAACAUACAGCCAUAGAGCUUAAUAAGUUUUUUUUUUUUUUUUGGUGGCAGUCUGGCGCUGGCCACAUUUAAGUUUUAAUUUUUUGUUGUUGAUAUUUGUACACAGCCCUAUAGUUGAAAUCAUGGCUUUAUUCAUUUUAUUUAUUUGUUAAAACUUACCUGAAUCAGUUCUAAAAGAGUAUUUUCUGUGAGACUUCAUUUUCUUUCUCUUUACCAUGACAUUACAUGCUAACCUUCUCCUCAGUUUUGAGGUACUUUGAACUGAAGUGUAUAUGGAGCUGCUGAAAGAACAGCGGUGCUGUAUUGUAGUUGUGUAUAUUCAUGUACAGUGUGUCUUAGAUCCAGGAAAACAUAUUCUUCUAUAAGGGGAUAGUAGCUGCUUUCACAAAUUCCAGCUAAACUUAAUUGGGUCAGUGAGUAAUAAAUCUAAUAGAGAAUUUACUUUGGGGGGUGGGGAGAAUAAUAUACAAAACCUUUAUUGGCUCUUAAUUAAACCUGACACCAAAAUGGAUAUUUUUAGUCACUGCAUGUGCAAUUUGGCGUCCGAAGCUAGAACUGUAAUACAUAGAGUACACGAAAGGAUAGGCAUAGUGCUUUUGUUCACCUUAAUUGUAAAGCUGCCAAAAUAGCUGAAGCUUAAUUACUUGACUUGCCUUGAUUUAUAAGACUGGGGCAUGGAGAAAGGGAGCAGAUGUUCCUCUAAGACUUUGAUUACAGAAGCCUUAUAUGUAGUGAUUUGAUUUUGUUUGUAGCUCAGAGCCAUUGUUGUCUAAAUCCCACUUAUCUGAGUUAUCAAAACAACAUCAUUUUUUUUUUCCCAGCAAAGGUUUUUGUGGCAUACAAGGAAAAGCCUGCUUACCGCCACUCUACCUUCCUGUGGCCAUUAGGGGGAGUUGUUGCCAUUCAUUGAGGUCUAGAAGCAAAUGACUCACUUGUUUAGAAAAAUGAAUCCUUAAAAAGAAAGACAGGAGAGAAAAAAAUUAAAUUACACUCAACACCCAGGAGGAAUUAUACUUGAUUUGUCCCCCCCCAGUUAAGAAAAGAAGGUAUAAUGUUUGGCUUUAAAACUCCAACAUAGCAAUUGAGUCUACAUUUCUUAUUUGACAUACUGCCAUGAAGUUGUUCUUGAGUUCAUUAAAAAAUUCCAACAGCAUUAGGGUUUUUUUAUGUUUGUUUUUUAAAUACCUUCUAUCGGGAUUUUAUUUACUUCCUAAAGAUUCAGGGGAUUCUAUGAGACCCUGAAUUUUAGAAACAUCUGGUCUACCUCAGUUAAAUGUUGCCUGCAUAGAGAUGGAGCUGAAGUGAUCACCACAGCCAUAGAGUUGUUUCUAAGAAGGGUUUAUACAAUGUUUACAAACCUGGAAUCAGUAAGGAUUUUAUCUGAAAGUUAAAAGUUAGAUAUUAGAGCAAAUAUUUAAUUCAGGUAUUUUCAAGUUUUAAAACUUAACUUGUUUACCAACUAAAAAUAGCUGUAGUUUUUCUGCUUAUCAAAGUCCAUUGAAAUGAUAUACCCUGAUUUGCAAUACUUUUCCCAUAAAGUUUGAGGUGUGAAAGGAUUGUAAUUUACUAGGUAUGUUUGGGUGGGAUAUUUUGUUGGGUAGUUUUCUUUUUUCUUUUUAACUUUAAUAGGCUUCCAACAAGAAUAUAAUUGUUGUUUCAGAACAAGUAAUUUUUGACAUUAUACUUUUUACUUUUCUUCACAGUAUUAAAGAGUAAAAUGAAAAAUUGUGCAUGCUCUGAUUUUAAUUUCCCUAUAUACUCUCUUGAGAAUUUGUUUUAAUUUGAAUUACUACCACACAGCCCUUUUUAUAGUAAAACCAGCAUUUGUUCUCUCACCAAACCCCAUGCCAAACUCAUAAAGAAAGCUCAGCAUAAGUAAUUGAGAUAGUGAUUAUCAUUUUAGAGGUGGGGGGAUUUAGUAAAUAUUCCAACCGGUCGUUUUAUGCACAAGGCUUUAGUCAGAACAUAGAAAAAACAUUCUGUGAAUGAAAUAUUGUAUGUUCGGAUUUUAUAAAAGACAUUUUUAAAAGCCCAAUUUACAGCCGUAUAUUUUCUUAUGAUGUAAUUUAUGAAAAAGAUGUCUGUACUAACAGGUGCUGUAACACUACUGUUGUUGGAUUUUAUUGUUCGGUGAUAAAUGUAUACAAUAUUUCUAAGGGAAACUAUGUACUGUGAUGUAAAAGUCUGGGCAAAAUGUAUAUAAUCCUUGUAUAUAAAUGUGUAUUUGAUUAUAAUUACUGAUUGUAAAGAUUUAAUAAAACAUGUAAAUAUUC